CAUUGAUGACGCUCAGCUCUGACAACUAGCCACGGAUCUGCUAAGAAGUAGCAGUUUGCGACUUCCUUUGUAUUUGUCCAUUGUGUCAUUGCGAGGUUUGGGACAUGGCUGAAAAGGAGGUGUACGAUGAUGCAGUGGAAGAAAGGGUCAUCAAUGAAGAAUACAAGAUCUGGAAGAGGAACACUCCAUUUCUGUACGACCUGGUCAUGACCCAUGCCCUGGAGUGGCCCAGUCUGACUGUGCAGUGGCUUCCAGAUGUCAACAGGCCAGAGGGGAAGGACUACACAGUCCACCGGCUGGUUCUGGGGACCCACACAUCAGAUGAGCAAAACCAUCUUGUAAUAGCCAGUGUCCAGGUACCAAACGACGACGCCCAAUUUGAUGCAUCACACUACGAUAGUGAAAAAGGAGCAGAGUUUGGUGGGUUUGGCUCAGUGAGUGGGAAAAUAGAGAUUGAGAUCAAGAUUAACCAUGAAGGAGAGGUGAACCGAGCACGCUACAUGCCCCAGAAUCCCUGCAUUAUUGCCACCAAAACUCCCACAUCUGACGUUCUGGUCUUUGACUACACCAAGCACCCAUCAAAGCCAGAUCCCAGUGGGGAGUGCAGUCCUGACCUGAGGCUCAAAGGUCACCAGAAAGAAGGUUACGGCCUUUCCUGGAAUCCAAACCUCAGUGGCAACCUGCUCAGUGCCUCUGAUGACCAUACCAUCUGUCUGUGGGACAUCGGCACCGGCCCAAAGGAAGGAAAAAUUGUCGACGCUAAGACCAUCUUCACUGGUCACACCGCAGUUGUGGAAGACGUGUCGUGGCAUUUACUCCAUGAAUCCUUGUUUGGCUCUGUUGCUGAUGAUCAGAAACUAAUGAUAUGGGACACUCGUUCCAACAACACUUCUAAAGCCAGCCACUCGGUUGAUGCUCACACUGCUGAGGUCAACUGUCUGAGCUUCAAUCCCUACAGCGAGUUCAUUCUUGCUACAGGUUCUGCAGAUAAGACUGUUGCAUUGUGGGAUCUAAGGAAUCUCAAACUGAAGCUCCACUCUUUUGAGUCCCACAAGGAUGAAAUUUUCCAAGUCCAGUGGUCGCCUCACAAUGAAACCAUCCUGGCCUCCAGCGGUACCGACCGACGUCUCAACGUCUGGGAUCUCAGCAAAAUUGGGGAGGAGCAGUCUUCAGAGGACGCUGAGGACGGCCCACCAGAGCUUCUGUUCAUUCAUGGUGGCCACACGGCCAAGAUAUCAGACUUCUCCUGGAACCCCAAUGAACCCUGGGUCAUCUGCUCCGUGUCCGAAGACAACAUCAUGCAAGUCUGGCAGAUGGCAGAGAAUAUCUACAAUGAUGAGGAGCCAGACAACACACCCGCAUCAGAGCUGGAAGCUCAAGGAUAAUGAACACUCUCUGCCCAGACCAACUCCUCCUCCACCCCCUGGACCUUGGCUGUCUCCUGAUCCAAUAAUUUGUGAAAUGUCAGAGCAGCCUGCGCCCUCUCUAGUUCACACUUGAAUUUGGUGUCAUUCCACUGGCCCUUAACAGGGGCCAGGGCUCUGAACAGAAGCACAGAUUGGCACUGUUCCCCUUCAAGUGUUUUCUCUUCAGUAUUAUAAAAAGCAUUUUGUGGUAAAGGGCAUUAGAAAAUAUUGUUCAUAAAGUUAUUUUUUCAGACCCACUAAGCUCACAGGAAAACAUAAUUAAUGCCA